AUGGACGUGGCACUAAGCGAGAGUCUGCGGCGAGGGAACCCAGUGGUAUUUUUUGACGUUUCUAUUGGGGGUGCACCUAUUGGUCGCCUGCGUCUAGAGCUGUUUAAGAAGGACUGCCCGCGCACAGUUGAAAACUUCAGACAAUUCUGUACAGGUGAAUACAGGAAAUCUGAGCUACCGGUUGGCUACAAGGGAUCUACGUUUCACCGUGUUAUCAAAGACUUCAUGGUACAAGGUGGCGACUUUUUAAAGGGCGAUGGCACCGGUCGGAUCAGCAUCUACGGCGAUAAGUUUGAGGAUGAAAACUUCAUCCACAAGCACACGGAGCCAGGACUGUUGUCGAUGGCAAACAGCGGACCAGGGUCAAAUGGCUGCCAGUUUUUCCUCACGUGCGCGCCGUGUGAUUGGCUAGACGGCAAGCACGUGGUAUUUGGAAAGGUAUUGGACCCGGCUUCACUGUUAUUAUUGCGCAAGAUGGAGAGUGUACCUGUAGAACACAAUAGCAAACCAAAGCUAGCCAUUACUGUGACCGAAUGUGGAGAGCUCUAA